AUGAAAAGUAGUGAUACAGAUAUUGAAAUUGAAAACAAUAUUAUUUUUACCAACAACGAAAAUGAUAUUGAAGGACCUUUAACCGACAGUAAUAAUAUGAAUUCUCGUAUUAAUAAACGUUUAACAUAUUUACCUGGUAAUUUAAGAUUUAAUGGUGUAACUCCAAGUGGUAAACCAAGACUCUUUGUUUGUAAAAUUUGCACAAGAGCUUUUGCUAGACAGGAACAUUUAGAUAGACAUGAAAGAUCUCAUACUAAUGAAAAACCUUAUAAUUGUGGAAUCUGCAAUAAAAAAUUUAGUAGAAGAGAUUUAUUAUUAAGACAUGCUCAAAAGCUUCAUGGUGGGAAUUGUGGUGAUAAUAUUAAAAAAAGAGUCAUUAAAAGGAAAAGUAUUGUGGUAAAUAAUAAUAAUAAAACGGAUAAUUCAUUUGAAGAUAGUGAUAAAAGAAGAAAUUCAAAAUCUGUUGGGAAAUUAUCAAUAAAUCAAAGAAGAAAAAGUGAACAAAUUGGUAAUGAAAGUAUUAAUGCUAAUAAUAAUACUAAUAAUGAAACUAAUGGAAGGAAGAAAUCUAUCGUUACAAGUUUAUUAAAUAAUGUAACUUUAGAAUCACCAGAGAGACCAACUUCUUCUUCGACAAAUUCAACAGAUUCUUAUUCAACUUCAACUUUAUCUUCGCCAUUUGCUAUUGAAAUUACAGCAAGGACAACACCAUUUAGUAAUUCUCCAACAAAUACAUUUUCUUUAUUUCCUCCAUCAACUGCAGGAGGACAAUCUUCUAACAAUUCUUCUUCUUCAAGACCAAUUUUUAAAGAACCUAGUUAUUUGACUCCCACUGGCUGUAGAAAUAGAAGGAAAAAUUCAAGAAAUUCAACAAGUAGCAACAGUAACAAUAAUAAUAAUAAUAAUAAUAAUAAUAAUAAUAAUAAGAUAGCAAGUUCUAGUUUAAACCAAGGUACGGCUACUUCCCCUACUGAACAGAUAGGUAAAAAAAAUAAGAACAAAAAAAAUAAAAAAUCUAUAAAGAUGAAACCACAUCCUUUAGCAAGAAGAGCAUCCUUUAGUGCUUUAUCUGCAGAAAAUUACGCUGCUCCUCUAUUCAAUACCGAUGAAUAUCAAUAUGAGCGUGUUCAAUUUUCAACACCUGAUCUUUUACCAAUCGAUUUUAGAUCAUUUUGGAAUCAAACUUUAAUAAAUGAUGAUGUUAAUGUACUAAAUUUGAAUGAUACUAUAGGAACACCAAUUACAAACUUGAGUAAUAUACAGGAAGUUCCACCUGAGUUUUGUUUAACUGAUGCAGUAGAUUAUAUUAAUAAUAACGAUAUUGCAACUCAAGGUUCAUUUUCUUCUUCUUCUGAUACUACAUCUGAAUCGAGAUCGGAGGAUAUAAAUUCUAGGUCAUCACAACAAUUAAAUUUUAGAUCAUUGAAUUCAGCCGUACGCUCCCCCACAUUCGCUUUGGGAUCUGCUCUCUCUGGUCCUUCUAUGGAAGAUACCUCCAUGGGACCAACAGAUCCUUUGGCAGUAUUGCAACAUAGAAGCUCUAUAAGUUCAAUGAAUCAAAAUCCAGAUGAUGAAAACGUGAACGCCAUUGGUAAUGGAUCUCCAAGAGAUGUUAUUGAUAUUCUCAUGUCAAUUAGUACACCGGUUCCACCAAGGGAUCCUCUUGAGCAGGAUCCAAUUUAUACUAAUGCAACAGAAUUUAUGAAUAUAAACGCUAAUGAUAAUAUGAGUUUAAUCGAUUCAAACAAUAUUUUCUCAGAUUUUACAAAUUUGGCAGAUGGUACUGAUGGUAGUAGAACCACCAGUAGUAAUACUACUCUAAGUGACCCACUGAGUAUAAUAAAAAAUCUACAUGAUGAUCCCUCGGGUAAUAGGAUUAUUGGUCCUCCUAUGGAUAUCCUUGAGGAUAAUGGUUAUACGUUUUAUGGUUUGGAUAGUCUAAAUGUUGCUAGUAUCUCCAAUGCUACCGAACCUGCUACUUCAAAUGGAUUAGAUCAAUCAGAACGUGAACCAAUUACAUGUACUUUAUUCACAGAAACUAUUCGUGAUUAUUGUUACCAGGUAUUAGAUUAUUAUACUAUCCAUUGGGAUGACAAGACUCAAGUAACUUUCAGUCUUCAAUCUUCAACGAAAUCAGAUCCAUUAACCCUUCCAAGUGUUAAUGAAAUGAAUACUUACUUGAUGGUAUUUGAAACUCAUUUCUUAAGGCAUUAUCCAUUUAUUCAUCCAAGUGUAUUACGUCUGGAUUUUAUAUCUUUCCAAAAAUACCUCCAGGAAGAUGAGUCAUUAACUAUGGACCAAGUUAACAAAUUAAAGCGUCAAAAGAGUAGUUUAUUUGCUGCCAGAUCUGUUUGUUUGCCAUUGUUGAUGGCUACAUUUGGUUCUUUGUUUAAGAAUGGUUAUAAUCAUAACACAUUGAAUUUGUUUGAAAUUAGUAGAAGAGCUAUCCAAGUUUAUCUGGAAUGUAAAAAGAGAGAUUGUCAGGUUGAAAGAGUUAAAUUAAAUACAAGUGAAGAUAAAACCUCUUCUGAUCCGACCCAAAAUACAUGGUUAAUUCAAGUUUUAAUUCUAAACAUCAUUUUUGGUUUCUUUGCUGACGAAUCGCAUCACAUGAAUGAUCAAAUAGUUAAAAGACAGGUAUCUGCAGUAUGUUCAAUCAUUAAAAAGAAUGUUUUAAAAUUAGUCUACGUCGGUUAUUCCAGUUCUAGCAAUCAAAGAUUUAAAUUUAGGUCUCAAUCUGAAUAUAUCUUAUUCGAAACUAAGAUUAGAUGUGUUCUGCUGAUCUAUAGAUAUUGUCAAUACUUGAAGAUUUUUUACCACAUUGAAUCCAACACGUUUCUACUUGAGAAGGAAAUCGAACAGUUAUGUAUCCCAGAUAGAGAAAAUAAAUGGCUAUCGCAUUCAUUGUUAACCACAGACAAUACAAAUGUUAAUAGGGUUAGUGAAAUGACACCCCCAAUUGAGAAACAAAACUCUGUUCCAUUCAUAUUUUUUUAUCAUAGUUUCUCAUUUAAUGAAAGAGGUCUGCAUGCAAUCCCUGAAGAUUUGGCAGGUUCAAUGUUAUAUUACGAAUAUAACACAAGAAAAUCCUCUUCAUUCCAUAUCUUUUUGACAAGGAUAGACACCAAAAAAUUAGAACUAAACUUACCUCAUUUGAAGUUGAAUACUAAUGGUUACAAAUUAACUAAUAAGAAUAUUACUAACUAUGAUAGAACAAUAGAUAAUCCUAAUGAUUUAAGUCAUGAUAUGGUAGUAGACUCAGAAACUUUGGUUUUAGAUGGUAUCCUAUUAAAAAAUUGUUUGAUGGUAAUGCAGUUUUUUGAAGUCGUUUCUUCAAAUUCAAAAAUAAAUAUUUCCACCAGUAAUAUCAAUACCAUAUAUGAUUCAUUCUUAAAUUCGGAAAAUUUAAAUCUUUUGAAAGGUGGUUCAUCUACAUUACUAACCGAUUUCUUAGUGGCUUUAAAUUUUUCAAUUCAAAAUAUUUCAAGAUUGUCGGUUUUCGAUAGUGUAACUAAUCAUGUAGAACUGGAUGAGGAAUUAUUUUCCAUUUUCAAUUUUAAAGGAAUUUAUUAUAAUUUUUUGGUUAUUAUUAAAUUCAUUCUAGACUUUGAAGAAACUCCUAAUUUCAAACUUCUCUCAAUUUUUCAUGAAUUAGAUAAACUAGCGUCACAGAUUUUAGUUCCAAAAUUAGCUGCAAUUUAUCCUAAAGAAUUUAAAAGAUUUGAAGAGCUGAAUCUAUCUAUUGAUGGAUUUGGCGAACAGACAACCAUGGCUAAUAAAACAACUUCUAAAAUGGUGAACGUUGUUAGAAUUUCUGAGAUCAUUAACGACGUCAUUGUUCAUUCAUUUAACGACGCCUCUUUCCUAAAUAUGACCGACCAAACCAAUAAUGAGUUUUUGUUCGAACAUUCACAAAGUUCCAAAACUUUAUUUGACUUUGGAAAAUUAUCGAACGAAAAAAUGAAUAAAUCCAGCAACAAUGAUAAUUUAAAUGGUGUAAACAGUAUGGAAUUUCCAGUAGAUCAAAAUAUGGAUGGAUCUUUCUUACAGAAUAAUCAUCCUGAAGUGGACGGGAAGAAGCAAAGUUUCGCCAUUAGAUACCAUUUGUCGCUAAAGUAUGCGAUUAUUGCAAAAUGUUUAUUUGCAAGUAUAAUUGAAUCGCAUAUCGAAUAUAGUUUAUUAACUAAGAUGAUAAACGAUUUUGCUUCUUUAGAAAAAAUUUUGACUCUCAAAAUUAACGAGACAAUUUUGUCAAAAUUUCAUAUUGCUUCUUAA